GAGAGAGAGAGAGGAACAGCGUCGGGAAGCGCUGGCACGCGGUGUAGCGAAAAAUGGCGAAGACGUUUCGCGCGGUGACGGUCUCGACUCUGUCAAACAAUGGACAGACCACGCCGAAGUACAACAAACCGGUCGCCCUCAGUAUCAAUUACGACCCGCAGGGUCUCAGCGUCGAGCUCAUCUCAGGAGAUGUUAGCAGCAGAGAGAAGGCGACUCUAUUGGAAUUCCCAGUGACUCCCAGUACCGAAUGCUCUCGUGUAUCAUCUCGAAGUUAUGUUUUUACACUUGAUACAGAUAGCUUACUCAUUACAUUUGCUAAUGAAACAGAUUUCCGCAAUUUUCAUUCGCACAUAGUAAAACUCAAGAUGGGGAAAGGCGUAUCAGCAUUUAACGAAAGAACAGAGGAAUCCUCGGCGAUGCAGUAUUUCCAAUUUUAUGGUUAUCUCUCGCAGCAACAAAACAUGAUGCAGGAUUAUAUUAGAACUAGUACAUACCAGCGAGCAAUUCUUGGAAACCUGUCUGAUUUUAAAGAUAAGGUAGUACUAGAUGUGGGCGCUGGUUCUGGUAUAUUAUCAUUCUUUGCUAUUCAAGCUGGUGCGAAAAAAGUAUAUGCUGUGGAAGCGAGCAAUAUGGCAAAUCAUGCCGAGCUUCUAGUUGCUGCUAAUAAUUUAUCAGAUAAAAUAAUAGUCAUAGCUGGCAAGAUAGAAGAGAUCGAUUUACCCGAACAUGUAGAUUGUAUAGUGAGUGAGCCUAUGGGAUACAUGUUGUAUAACGAGAGAAUGCUUGAAACUUAUCUGCAUGCGAAAAAGUGGUUGGUUCCAGGUGGAAGAAUGUUUCCCUCCAGAGGUGAUUUGCAUAUCGCACCUUUUUCUGAUGAAAAUCUUUACAUGGAACAAUUCAAUAAGGAAUUUUGGUAUCAGACAUGUUUCCACGGAGUAGAUCUUUCCGCCAUGAGAAAUAACGCCAUUAAAGAAUAUUUUAGACAACCAAUUGUCGAUACUUUUGAUAUUAGAAUAUGUAUGGCAAAAUCUGUAAGGCACAUAGUAGACUUCCAAACAGCUGAUGAGACUGAUUUACAUAAAAUAGAAAUAGAUGUCGAUUUUCAUAUACUGGAGAGUGGUACAUGCCAUGGUUUAGCUUUUUGGUUUGAUGUAGCAUUUAUCGGAUCAACGCAACAGGUUUGGUUAAGUACAGCUCCUACAGAACCUCUUACACAUUGGUAUCAAGUUCGCUGCCUCUUAGAAAAUCCAUUGUUUUGUAAAAGUGGACAGUUACUCUCUGGAAAAGUCAUUCUUAUAGCAAAUAAAAGACAAUCCUAUGAUGUAACAAUAGAACUGAAGCUUGAAGGAACGAAUCUAGAAAGCAGUAAUAAUACCUUAGAUUUGAAAAAUCCUUACUUCCGAUACACAGGUGCUGCGGCACAGCCGCCUCCCGGCUUGAAUAAUACUUCUCCCAGUGAAUCCUACUGGACGACUCUGGAUGCGCAGGGUGCUCGACAAGCAGUAAAUAUGGUCAACGGAAUGUCGGUUAACGGUCUCGGCGAAGUCUCGAUGGAUACGAGUGCGACCGUAAAUCCAAAUAAUUUGCUGGCAAUAGGAGGACAACCAAAUAUACAUCCAGGUUCCAUCUCGAGUACAGGACGAGGUCGCGUGGGAGGUACAGCAACAAGCACGCAGGCAGCACAAUUGAUAGGUGGUGGAAUAACUCCGAACAUGUUUACAUCACCUGCCACUCUUGGUGUUACUUUCCAGCAAUCGCUGGUCCUCGGCAACACUUCUCAUUAUCCAGUGAAUCCCAGCCUGAUGAUCGGUGACUACGUGACUCCUGGGAACGGUAUAUCACCGCAGGCGUAUCGACAAUGAUCUAUGGCGAAAUCGUUUCUCGCCGAGUAUUCCCGCAAAGUAAAACAAUUACAAAACGAUCGUAAUAGUUGUAGCAGUAUUGGAGACACCAGCAACAGCAGUAAGCAAGAUCGCAAACUGGUAUUUAGUUCCCCAACCAGUAAGCUUCGAUUAUCGUCCGCCGUACGAAUUUUAAGUACCGUCGACCUGGCCAAUCUCAAUUCAGACUUUAGCCACAGCAAUGUUGCUUAUUCAAACAAAAGUAUCGUCAGUCCUGGAUUCGCGUUUGAUUCUGUAAGGAAUAAAUCUCAGUGGGAAACGCGUUGGAAAAGACUGCGAGCCGUCCUCUCGUAGUUGGCAUUAAUUGUUCUCAUUAGUUGUUCACGAUUUUGAUUCGGUCGUCCUUUAAGAAAAGGAAAAGAAAAGAUCUUCCAGAUCAACGUGCAUGCUUGCCAAAUAUACCCACGUGAAAAUAUAAUAUUUUUAAUGACAAUAUACAGUCUCGUCACUAUAGCAUAGGCAUCACUAUUUUACGAAAUCUUGACAUAAAUCCGUGAAACGAUAACUUAUAAUAAAGAUGGGGAAAAACGGGAAUGAUCGCGCGUUGCGAUAUCCCAUUUGUUUUAAUUCGAAUUGAGAUGAUUUAGAAUCCACUCCCAAGUACUCGAAGACAGGCAUAUUUUACUAAGCUGCGUCGUUGGCUUGGUUGGGUUUCGAUAUCAAGCGACUUUUACACGAGUUUUUAGAAUAGGAAGAAAAACAGCGACGUUUCGAACAUUUUGAGAAGUGCAAAGAGCAAUAAUUAGGGGCAUAUGUUGUAGGGCACUCUGUGGCAUUACCUGUUAUUCAGAUGUCUCUUGCGCUUGUUUUAAUCGUGUCUUUAUUUCGUUAGCAUGACACAACACAUGAGAAAGUACAACUUUUUUAUGAAUAUUAGCUAUUAUCACGUACAUUUCAGUCCUGUGUAAAUCCGUAUCGAGACGUUUUAGUUCUUUGAUUGAGUUAUUUGAAUUGAAGCAUAUUACUCAUCGGUCGAUUAUGUUUCUGUAGGUAAAUUGUAUAUAUAUAUAUCUGAAUGUAUAACGCAAAAAGAAUAUAGGUCGUGGGAUACUUCAUCUA